GAAAAGGAGAGUAGAGGGUCUUUCAGAUUUUGAGUUUAUUCCUCAUGGUGUUCCCAUCCUGAGCUGUGAUGGCGGACGUGGCUGCUCAAUUCUAGCGUCAUGUGUGUUGUUUUGAUGGAUCAUUUUGAUGAGAAAAGUGGACUGAUUGUAUUUGAGGCCGCUGUGGAAGCAAACACCGGGUAAAGAUGAGCGAAGUGGAGGUGGAGGAGAGCAUCAUGUCAUACCUGUCACAGAGUGAGACUGACACCAGCACCAAAGACUUGAAUGUAGUGGCCAUGCUCCAUAACUUCUGGGAGCAGAGGCAGACAGGUCGGUUGAAUGGUUCCUCCAGUGAAUCAGAUGGUUCUGUUGGGGACGCAGCCAUCCACACGGAGAGCUUGCUGCUGUACGAGUCUGCACCGUCCCCUGGUCCUCCAUAUGUCUGCUAUGUCACCCUGCCAGGAGGAAGCUGCUUUGGUAACUAUAAGGUGUGUGAGACUCAAGCAGAAGCUCGGAGGGAUGCAGCUCGUGUGGCUCUGAUGAACUCACUUGUGAACGAGCUGCCAUGUCGACGCAUCAACCCUCAGUUCAUCACUCACAGUUUGCAGCAAGCGGCCACAGACAGUGCUGUCUCUGUAGAAGAUGCUUGUGAUUCAAGCACCAGCAUAGGAACCUACAGUGUGCUGCUCCGCUCCUACGUAGGAAAGACAAUGCUGGAGUUUCAGGUAAAACAUAAAGCCAAGGCCUAUUUUUCUUCUCGCUGUGCUCAUAAAUCAUGCGGUAAUUGCGUGAAAUAUCUAUUUACUUCAAAGGAUUCAGGCUUUGUGAAGGGAUACUUUGCCGCUAAGGGAUCUGAAAUUGUGUACUUAUAAUUGGACCCCAAUUAAAGCA